GUAUAAAUUAAUAAGUGUUUUAAUAAAUAUAUAUAUAUAUAUAUAUGUAAUGUAAGAACGUAUAACUGUUUAAACCAAUGUACAAAAUAGUAAACAACUCUUAUAGUAGCUUUUAUUCAUACAAAUUUUAAUAAUAACACUUGCAGACUUUUGAAUAUAAUUUUGGCAUUCGUUUUAAUUUAUUUAUUUCAAAUGAAGAGUUUUAAAAGUUUAAAAUGUUUAUUAAUUUUGUGUGCAUUAUGUUUUAUGAGUUCGGGAUAUUAUGCCCAACAUCUAGGACUAUUGGAAGGCAAGUUAUUGAUGUAUUGUUUUUGUACUCAAAGAGUUAAUUUUUAAUAUUAUAUAAAUACAAAAUUUAAUUAGUAUUUUAAUGUAAUAGGUUCAAUUUGCAAUAAAAAUGGUAUUUGUAAGCCACUGGUAAACUGUGCAUCUGCAGUACAAGGACUCAAAAAUAAUAUUAGGCCAACAAUAUGCUCAACUAAAGGGUCAAACUCAUCGCCAAUUGUUUGCUGUCAACAGUCAAAUGGUACUAAAACAAACCCUCAGCCAUCAUCCGCUGUAAAGACAUAUUCUGCCAGUGAAAGUAAGUAUGUUUCACUUAUAUUUAAAUUUGAGGUUUGUACUUCAGUUUACAAAUUUGUUUACAAAUUGAGAAAAAUUGCUUUUAAAUAUUAAAAUUUCUUAAUAGAUCCUCGAAUUUGUAUAGAUAUAAAGAUCAGAAUUAACUUGAGGCUUGAAUUUCGUUUUGAAUUUCGUUAUAUUCGAAAAUCUUGCCAGAACAUUUUCCAACACCCUACAAUUUGGGUAACUAAACUAGUUUAAUCAUUAAUAUGUGUCUAAUAUAGUGUACUAGCUUUCCCGGGCCCGGCGUUACCGUACAAAUUUGUAUUAUUAUUAUUUUUUGGUUUUGGUGGUUUUGGCUGUGUUAGAAUUGAAUGAAAACAAAUAGGUGGAAAGUUGAUAAUCCAACUCUGGCGGACUAAAUAUGUUCUAUUUUGAAUUUUGAAUAGUAGAAAUAAUAGUAAUAAUAAUUAUAAUAGUUUUCUUUUCCGUGGAAACCCUUGAACAAACAAUAAUCUUAUAUAAAUAAAACAAAGUCGGGUUAGUUACACCAAUUAACAACUCAAUAACGGCUGGACAGAUUUUGAUGAUCUCUGAUUUGUUUAAUUCGUCAUAUAUUAUAAGAGUUAUUCUGCUAUCCAACAAAUCAGAGAUCAUUAAAAUCGCUCCAGCCGUUCUUGAGUUAUAAAUGGAGUAACUCACCAAACUUUGUUUUAUUUAUGUAUAUUUCAUAAAAUCAUAACUGUGCAAACUCAUAAUGCCAACUCAAAAUUUUAUUGAGUAUACACAUAAAAAACCUAACUUUUAUUAACGCUAUACAAAGUUAUAAAAUUGAGACGGAAUGACUAAAUUUGAUAUGUAUAGUCUCAAGAAGUUCGAUCAGUAUGUGGUCUGUAGUAUACACCAUUGCAGUUUUUCAUAUAUAUAUAAAAAAAAAAAUAAAGCGCUUAUAACUAGGUAUACGUAUUGAAUGUAAACUUUAACGAAAAUUAAUAAUAAUAAUAAUUAAUUAGAAUUAUUUGGUUAUCAAAUUGAACAAAUAAAGACGUCCCUGGAUAAUAGAGACGGUUGCAGCCACUGUUAUAUGUAAUUUAAUGCAUACAAGUAAGCAACCAUAGAUAAACCAUUGAUUAAGAAAAACGAUUCUGUAUGAAUUUCAGUUGAUAGUGAUGCUCUGUCAACAGCAUAUAUGCCAUAUUAUAGUAAAAUAUUUAAGUAGGCUCUAUAUAUUUUCUUUAAUAAUAUUUGUUUAAUAUUGUGCCGAUUUCCCAGUUUUCCCACGUGUUUCCCAGUUUUACUGAAUUAUUAAGAAAAUUACACGCUAUAUCAAAAAAAGACUUUCUUACUAAGCAAAAAAAUUCAAAAUGCAACAAAAAAGGUCACUUGUCAUUCUUGAUUAAAGCUAUGUUCAAAAUCUAAGAUGUACACCAUGAAACUAACAGACAUUAAAAAAUUAUCACAUUUUUUUAAACCUACCUUGGUAAUAUUUUCGCAUCGCAAGAUUUCACAAUUAUAUAGCAUUAGAUAUUUAUUAUGUUAUUUUUAAAUUUUAAAAUAUAGUGUGCCAUGAAUAUUCAAAAUUAAUCCGGAGAACUGUAUUCGAUCCAAUACUCAUAGGACCUCCAACAACCACUGAAAUUAAAGAUUGUGUUGAUGUCAAAACCUUAAUUAUUGGUGGUAAAAAAGCUGAACCUAAGGAAUUUCCUCAUAUGGUAAUAAUAUAUAAACAUUAAGAAUGUAAUGUUAUUAAAUUGUCUGUUGUGUUUAUACUCAUAUUUUUCAUUAAUAGGCUUUGAUAGGUACUGAGGCAAAUCCAAGCAAAAUUAUAUGGGUAUGUGGAGGAUCGCUAAUUAGUAAUAGAUGGAUUUUAUCUGCCGCGCACUGUGAAAAGUAUAAAAAUAUUUAUUUUAAAUAAUAGGUACUCUGUAAAAAAUAUUAUGUAAAUAAUUAUGGACUAUUAAAGAAGAUGGGACAUGUCCUCAUGGCUUUUAGUUGGGUAACAGUUUAACAAAUGGUAAAUGAAAAAUAUAAUUAGAAAUAACAAUAAUACAUUGAUUCCCCCUCCCUUAUGUUUUGAAGGUGGAUGCUCUUAUAUAAUAGAACAGAUAUUAUGUUGGUAUGAUAUCUUACGGUAAAUCACAUUUAGAUAUCUGUUUCAUCUAGUAGGUACAAACCGUUGAGAUAUAAGGCUACUGGUAGUUAAAAACAAAUAUACGAUUCCUAAUCAAACAAAUAUGUUAUUCGUGUUAUAACUAUGUAGUACCGAUAUAUUAUUAGUAUAUUAUACUUUAUUUUGUUAAUAUCUAUUAACCGUGGACUUGACCAAAUUCAUUGGGUUUAACGUUUUCAAUCAGUAGGCAAGCUUUGGUAUUGUAACCGUGAAUAAACUUGAUAGUAUACGAAUAUCAACUAGUUAUUCUUUCUAGUAAAUAUUUCAGAGAAUUUUAGAAUAAUCCACCAUUCAUCGGAUUGGUAAUAAGGUAUACUGAUGUUUAGUUAUAAGUUCGAUUAAGAUAAACGCGUAUGUUAUCGUUUGAUGAUUAGAUGAAUAAUAAUUUUUAAUUUAAUCAAAUAAGCGACACGCGUAUUAUCGUUUAUAAUGAUUACACUAGUUGACAGUUGAAAUUAAAAAUAUGCUUUAUUUUGUUGAUUAAUUACAUAAACAAAUUCUGGUGAGUGAUAAUAAGUAAUUAUAGUUAAAAAAAACACAUACGAUGCAAACACAUUUUUUACCAUAAAAGGCAAUGAUAUCGUGACCUACCUAGUAUCUUCAAUCUGUUCUUCCUGUGUACUUAUAAAUUAUAAAUUAAGCUUACUCUUCUAAUAAAAACAAGUAGCAAAAAGAAAUAAAAAAUACGUAACCAUUCGACUUAUGUAUAUAAGUAAAUACCUACCUAAUAAUUUCUGAAAAUAUUUUGCUCUUUAAUGUUUAGAGCUGGUGUUUUACGCUGGGUCAGGUUAGGUGACCUUAACUAUAUCAGUAAUGAUGACGAUGCAGAGCCCUUAAAUUACAGAAUAAUAGAUCGUAAAAAUCAUCCAAAAUAUAACGGAAAUAAUUCUCGUUAUAAUGAUAUAACAUUAUUGAAAUUAGAAAAAAAUGUAGAGUUUUCACCAUACAUACGACCUAUUUGUCUAAACGUGGAGUCAUCUAUAAAAGAAACAAAAGCAAUAGCUAGUGGUUGGGGAAGAUUGGGAUUUGGUAAGCAAAUAUAAUAUAUUAAUAUGUAUUAUAUUCCAUGAUUUCCAUAAGUGAUAAGUUGGCUAAAAAAAAAAUUAUAUAAUUUAACGUAUUUGUACCUACAUUUCUUUAGGUGGAUCGCCCAGUGAACACUUGUUAAAAGUAACUUUAGAUAUUCAUUCAAUAAAUGAAUGUAUCAAAACUUACAUUACUGACUCAAGUGAAAUUGAUCGCAAAAAAUUACCACAAGGAAUAACUGGAAAUAGUCAAAUGUGUGUAGGCGAUAUGUCAGGUGAAAAAGACACCUGUGGAGUAAGAAUUUUGCACUUCAAAUUCUUAAAAAUAACUACUAUCAUAUCCUAUAUCUAUAACUAUUUAUAAUAUUUAUAGGGCGAUUCCGGUGGUCCAAUUCAAAUAAUUAAUUCUAAAUAUGAAUGUAUGUAUACACAAAUUGGAAUAACAUCGUUUGGAAAACCGUGCGGUACAGAAAAUGCACCAGCUGUAUAUACAAGAGUAUCGUAUUAUAUUCCAUGGAUUGAACAAAUAGUUUGGCCAAAAAAUUGAAUUAUCUAAUGACCAUAACAAGGUUAAAAUCAAGAGGAUGCAACUUAAACGCUUUUAUAUAUUUACAAAUUGAAAAUCGUUACAAUAAUCAAUAUAUUUUUAUUAGUAAAAUUGUACAAAUAUCUAUAAUUCUAUAUCCCUACGACACAUAAUGUCUGAAAUAAACAAUGAUACCACACCAAAAGACAUUUUAGCCCUCCGUUGAAACUUGUAAUUUAUAUUAUUUUCUCAAGAUCAAAAUAUUAAUUUAUCAUAAGUAUAAUUCCAUAAAAUAACGAAGAAGUGUAAUAGCGUAAUUUAGGUUAUUGUUUUGAAUAUAAUUUAUUACGAUAAUUUUAUUUUAUUCAAAAUUAAGUGAUAAUACAGUGAACCCUCUAAAUACCGGAAAAUAGUUCAUUAAAAUUUUGACCGCUAUUAAUAGGUGCCCGAUAUUCAUAGAUGAAACUUUCCCAUAUUUUUGUUCAUUUGAAUUUUUUUCUCCAUUUUCAGCUGAAAUUUUAUAAACAAUGUCUUUACUUGUUAUGAUAUUCUCGAUUUAUGUUUACUGACCUCAAAUUUGUCUACAAACGCCCAUAUUUAUUUGCCCGACAUUCAAAAACAAAUCACAAACAUAAUUAAAUACGAACAGGAUAACUUCAAAUGACAUAGACUAAAAAAUAUUUUCUUCAACACAAUAAUGUUCCAAUGACUGGACAGAUAGGUCAAAUAAGUUAAAUUACGGGUAAAAAUUAUAAAAUAUAUCCUUCGAGUGUAUUCUUUUAUCUAGACUUUUCACAAUUAUUCUUAAUUUAAGAUAAAAGUUAUUAAAAUCAAGUUUAACUAUCAUCUUUUCAUUUUUAAAGUGACCCGAUUUAAAGGUUCUCCUAUAGAUAAGUAGUCAAGAUUUCUUCGUUCUCCAAAAUUAUCCGCUAUUUAGAGGUGUCCAUCAAAGAAGGUUUCACUACAAUUAUCUGUCCACGGUCCAAUAUUAAAAAAAAAAAAGUUUUAUUUUAAAUAAACACAAUAAGAAUAUUCUUAUGAUAUUUAUAUUUUUAUGAAUAAAAGUACACAAACCCACAAAGAAAAAAAGCGCACAAUCUUUUAUUACCCCCUUCUCUUCCUC